CCUUCUCCACACUCAAACCUUCCCUUCUCUUCUUUCUCAGAGUGUUCUAAGCAGUCAGUGAUAAUGGGUAGGAAAAAACAUAGUCCUACUUCUAUCACUAUCUUCACAUUGCUAGUUGGGGUGCUUUCCCAGCACCUUGUCAUCCCUGUGAUGUGUUCCACUACCCCCGUUGAGGACCAGAAGAACAACCACUCUCCAGGUCCACAUGCACAAGGAGGUUCUCCCACAAAUUCAUCAAACUCUCUGUGUUCAUACUGCUCUCCAUCUCAUGGCUCUGGAGGCAGUGGUCAUGGAAGCACACCACAUUCACAUCAUCAUGGAUCACACUCUCAUCAUGGAAGUCCAUCACAUCACGGAUCCCCAUCACAUCAUGAAUCCCCAUCACAUGGAGGUGGAGGAAGUUCCACUCCAACCCCAUGCACUCCCCCAGGUGGUGGUGGAAGCUAUGAUCCAACUCCAUCACCACCCUCAGGUGGUGGUGGUGGAAGCUACAAUCCAACCCCAUCACCACCCACAGGUGGUGAUGGAAGUUACAAUCCAACUCCAUCAACUCCUCCAGGUGGUGGAAGCUAUGACCCAACCCCAUCACCACCCACAGAUGGUGGUGGAAGUGGAAGUUACAAUCCAACCCCAUCAACUCCUCCAGGUGGUGGAAGCUAUGACCCAACCCCAUCACCACCCACAGAUGGUGGUGGAAGUGGAAGUUACAAUCCAACCCCAUCAACUCCUCCUGAUGGUGGAAGCUACAAUCCAACUCCAUCAACUCCCCCUAGUGGUGGAAGUUAUGACCCAACCCCAUCACCACCCACAGGUGGUGGAUAUUACAAUCCAACCCCAUCAACUCCCCCCGGUGGUGGAAGCUAUGAUCCAACCCCAUCGCCACCUGAGGGUGGUGGAAGUUACAAUCCAACCCCAUCGCCACCUGAUGGUAGCAAUUGUGGAACUCCACCACAAGAACCCUCUACUCCAACACCCUCAGUCCCAACGACCCCAUCAACCCCUUCAACACCAUCAAACCCUCCAUCAGGAGGUAGUGGGUACUACAACUCACCACCAACUUAUGGAGGUGGUAGCCCCCCAGUCACUGUGAGCCCACCUUCAGUCCCUAUUGACCCCGGCUCCCCCACUAUCCCCUCCACUCCCCCUUACCUUCCUUCGCCAACUCCUUUCACUGGUACAUGCAACUACUGGAGUACUCACCCAGGACUCAUCUGGGGAUUGCUAGGCUGGUGGGGAACCUUAGGCCAUGUAUUCGGUGUCUCUAACGUACCAGCUUUUGGUGCCAGUCUCAGCUUGCCACAAGCACUUUCCAACACCAGAACUGAUGGACUAGGAGCACUCUACAGAGAAGGUACAGCUUCCUUUCUUAACUCCUUGGUGAACAACAGGUUCCCUUAUACAACCCAGCAAGUCAGAGACAGUUUUGUAGCAUCUCUCCGCUCAAACAAGGAUGCAGCAGCACAAGCCAACCUCUUCAGGAUGGCCAAUGAGGGGCGAAUGAAGCCUCGACCAUGAUACAGUUAAUUUGGCUCGUGUGUCAGUUUAUUUUGUUAAGAAUGUAAUAUCCAAGACUCCUAAGAGUGUGUUAUUUAGGUUCUUAUCAUGUGUAGGAUGGAUAUCGUUUUACUUUUCAAGUUCAUGUUAGCCUUUAUGGUUCCUUAUUUUGUAAUAAAAUUAAAAUAUCGUUAUUUCUUUUCACUAUAUAUGAUAAAAUGUUAAGUUCUUAUUAA